UCUGCUAGGAGCAAGAAGCAGACAUCUCUACGUAUGUUACAUCAUUUUAAACAGAUUCUGGAGACUCUCAGCAAGAAAUAUCUUCUAGCAAAGUAGCUGAAUUGAACAGUUUUGCAGCGCUUCAAUAACGAUCAAGUCCAAUCUUUAGAAGAUGCUACAAUUAAGAUUACUGACUCUAUUCACACUCAUCCUCUGCUUUACAGACUCUCCGCACGCUCAGCAACAAUGUAACAAUGGCUUUGAAAUGGAUCGUUCAACAGGACAAUGCUUAGACGUAGAUGAAUGCCGGACGAUCUCUGAUGCUUGCCGGGGAGAUAUGAUGUGUGUAAACCAAAAUGGAGGCUACCUCUGUAUUCCCAGAACAAGCACCCUCAGGUCACCUUACCGCAACCCGUUCCUUCCCUUGCCUGCACCACUUCCUCCUCCAAACUUCCCACCUCCGUCUAGACCUCUUGUAUGUCGCUUUGGAUACCAGAUAGAUGAAAGCGGCCAGUGUGCUGAUAUUGAUGAGUGUUUAAGUGAAUCCAAUCACUGUAACCCCACCCAGGUCUGCAUAAAUACAGAAGGGGGUUAUACCUGCUCAUGUACAGAGGGAUACUGGCUGCUUGAGGGGCAGUGCUUGGAUAUAGAUGAGUGCCGGUACGGAUACUGCCAACAGCUGUGUGCUAAUGUUCCUGGAUCCUAUUCUUGCACAUGUAACCCAGGUUUCAUCCUUAAUUCUGAUGGGAGAUCCUGCCAAGAUGUUGAUGAAUGUGUAACAGAGAAUCCUUGUGUACAAAACUGUGUAAACACCUAUGGGUCCUACCUUUGCCGAUGUGAACCUGGAUAUGAACUGGAGGAGGAUGGCAUACAAUGCAGUGAUAUGGAUGAGUGCAGUGUUUCUGAGUUUCUGUGUCAGCACGAGUGUGUCAACCAGCCAGGUUCCUACUACUGUAGCUGUCCUUCUGGAUAUGUUUUGCUUGAAGACAGUAGAACCUGUGAAGAUGUUGAUGAAUGUGACACAAGAAACAAUACUUGUACCUUAGAACAAACUUGCUUCAAUAUCCCUGGGACAUAUAAAUGUCUAGAUCCUGAUCGAUGUGAAGAGCCAUAUAUAAAAAUAAGUGAAAAUCGGUGCAUGUGUCCUGUGGAGAACCCUGCCUGCAGAGAUCAACCCUUCACCAUUGUACAUAGACACAUGGACAUAGUGUCAGGCCGCAGUGUGCCAGCUGACAUCUUUCAAAUGCAAGCCACUAGCCGUUUUCCUGGAGCCUACUACAUCUUCCAGAUCAAGUCAGGGAAUGAAGGAAGAGAAUUUUACAUGAGGCAAACAGGACCUAUCAGUGCCACCCUGGUAAUGACUCGACCAAUCAAAGGACCCCGUGAUCUAACGCUUGACCUGGAAAUGGUAACUGUGAAUACUGUGGUCAAUUUCCGAGGCAGCUCCAUCAUCAGGCUGAGGAUAUUUGUAUCGCCACACUCAUUCUGAGGCCUGAUUUUUAUUUCUGUGCUUGUUACCCUCAUAAAACAGUUAUCCCUUUUCUGAUGCUCUAACCCUAAACAGGGUCUUAGGUGACUGCAAUCAAGGGGUACUGGUAUUCCUAGAUAUCUAGGCAUUUUUAUCUUAGGGUUUGUAUUCUUUAUGCACAAAGCUCCAACAAUUAGCAGGUCUGUGCUCCUGCCCAUAAACAGUGUACAAAAUGUAUCUUGGAGUCACUGAGCUAGAUUCAUGAAAACUCAGCUUGGGAGGCUAUUUUGGUGAGGUCUAAGUAAGAUCUAAUUACUUUUAAAGGGACAUUAAAGGGACACUGAACCCUAAUUUUUUUCUUUUGUGAUUCAUAUAGAGUAUGCAAUUUUAAGCAACUUUCUAAUUUACUCCUAUUAUCAAAUUUUCUUCAUUCUCUUGGUAUCUUUAUUUGAAAAGCAAAAAUGUUAGUUUAGAUGCCGGCCCAUUUUUGGUAAACAACCUGGGUUGUUCUUGCUGAUUGGUGGAUAAAUUCACCUACCAAUAAACAUGUGCUGUUCAGUGUACUGAACCAAAAAAGUGUCUGGCGCCUUAGCUUAGAUGCCUUCCUUUUCAAAUAAAGAUAGAAAGAAAACAAAGAAAAAUUGAUAACAGGAGUAAAUUAGAAAGUUGCUUAAAAUUUCAUGCUCUGUAUGAAUCACAAAAGAAAAAAUUUGGCUUCAGUGUCCCUAUAAACUAAAAAUAUAACCCCCCAACGUGUAAUUACAGAAAAUAAAAAAUGCAAUAUACAUAAUUUAUUUUGUCUGCUUUUUCUGUGAAAUGCCUCUGAAGAUUGUGCUUCUUUCCCUCAUUAUCACCUUGCAACAUCCUACACAGUGAUUGUUUAGGUCAUAGCACAUUCCUAUCUGUUCCAAAAUGGCUACAAGAAAAGAAAUAAAAAGCAGGGAUUUAACAGACUUUUUUUUAAAGGAUGUGUCCCUGGAGUGCACUUUGUUUCCAAAAUCUUUUCAAUUGGGAUAACAAAAUGGCAACAUUAAACACUUGUAAAACAUGACUUUUAUAUACAGAUUUCUUGCACUGUAAUAUUUAAUUGCUGAUAUACUCUAAGCAUUUAGAGAAAAAAAAUACUUUAAUGUCCCUUUAAUAUUAUUUUGCGUUCCUAAUGGUAUUUUGAAAAUGAAUGUUUCCUUAAUAAGCCCUGUUGUGGUAUAUCAUUUAAUUUGCUAUAGUCCACCCGUCUUUAUGACCCUGCAAAAUAAAAUCUUGCCUACCUUUCUGAGUUUAAAUAAAUCAGCAAGUCAAGAAUUUAAAACGGAUCCUUGAGUUAUAUUUAAAAUUACGGCAUCAUUAGAAUACAUUGCAUGCUAAUUGCAAAUGGUGCACAGAUACCUUAUAAUUCAAUUUACUUUUAUUAUCAAAUGUGCUUUAUUCUCUUAAAGGGACAGUAAAGUCAAAUUAAAUUAUUGGAUAGCCCAUGCAGCGUUAAACAACUUUUCAAUUUACUUUCAUUAUCAAAUCUACUUAGUUCUCUUCGUAUCAUUUGUUAAAUAGUAAUCAUAGGUUGAGCUCAGGAGCGUGCACGUGUCUUUAGCCAUUUAAAAGCAGUAUUUGUAGCAAUGUUAUACAUAUUUGCAAACAUUGCUGCCAUAGAUUGUUAGAUGUGCACACUCCUAAGCUCCUAUCUGCCUACCUAGAUUUACUCUUCAACAAAGGAUACUAAGAAAACAAAAUUUAUAUUAGAAGUAAAUUGUAAAGUUGUUUAAAAUUGCAUACUCUAAAUCAUUUUUACUUUACAUAUAUUAGCAGCUACCAAUCAGCAAAAACAAAGGAUACCAAGAGAACAAAGCAAAUUUGAUAAUAGAAGUAAAUAGGGAAGUAUUUUAAAAUUGUAUAUUCUAUUGUCUAUCUGAACUAUGACAGAAAAACUUGGGGUUUUAUGUGUCUUUAAUUUCAGCUAUGAUCGCACACAAAACUCUUAAAGCUUAGAACCAAAAUGAACGAAAAUGAAAGGACCACUAUAGUGAAAAAAUCUUACAUUUUAUCACUAUCAUUUUAUCACUAUUUACCUUGUAAAGCUAUGUGUUUAACCCCCUCAAAGGAUUUAAACACAUAGACAAAGUACAGCUUUGGAUUAAUACCAGUUUCCACUCUGGACCAGCAGUUCUUUGCCUAUGUGUUUGACCUAUUUGCGGGGGUGAAACACAUCGAUUUACACAGUUGGCAGUGACAAAAUGACAUGUUCUUAUCUCACCCUUAAUCACCCUUUAAAUUUCUUAUGAUAUGUAAAUACAUUUUUUAGACUAGAGAAGCUCUAUUUUUCCUCUGAGCUAAAUAUUUUUGUUUAGUUAAAAAUAUUGUUAUAUACUCACGUGUGUGACCAAAACCAUCUGUUAUUAUUACAGAUUUUGUAGGACAAAUUUUUGUAUAUUAAAUAAUAUAAUGAAUUAAAAUAAUGUAGGGUAUGUUGGUUCAGUAAUCAUAUUCAUGCAGAAUGGAAGAAACUGUCUCAUAACCAUAAAUAUUGUUCGUUAUAAACCACAUAUAUAAUAACAAAGCUCUGUCCCUCUAAUAAUUCAGACUGAAUCCAAAAAUCUCCCACUUAAGUUUCAUAGUAUUUACAGAUUUUAUGUAUUUGUACCACAAAACUUUUGACAUUUUUUUUUACACAACCUGUAGUUUUUGUUGCAUUGAGAAAGUGAUAUUGUAAUUUAAGCAUCAUUUUUCUUGAAUUGUUGAAUUUUUGAUGAAGUGUUGGGGAAGACUUUAUUAAAUCAGACCUUUUUUUGGACAAA